ACAGUCUGUGUGGAAUAUCCUCGACUGACCAGAAUGCAGUGCGGUCUUAACACAGAAUCUGAUUGGAUGGUGAAAACUCGUUCCAGGAAGUGGUUCGUCGAAUUACAUUAGCCGACUGAAAAUCCUCUGCAUGACAGUCGGCACCUCAGACUCCAACAAGACAGUUCACUUCAUUCCGUUGUCAUGGCUGACAGAAGAGUUGUGGUCUUCCCCUCCUCAGCGGAGCUUGGUCCGGCGCUGGCCCAUCUGGUGACGUCCCGGGCCGAGAAGGCCAUCGCCUCUCGGGGCAGGUUCACCCUGGGCCUCUCUGGAGGAAGCCUCGUGUCCAUGCUGGGCAAAGAGCUGCUCGCCCUGCCAGACCUGGACUGCAGCAAGUGGCUGGCUGGCUUCUGUGACGAGCGACUGGUUCCUUUCGAUGAUCAUGAGAGCACCUACGGGCUGUACAAGAGUAAACUGUUUUCCAAGGUGAACCUCCCUGACAGCGGGAUCCUAACCAUCGACCCCUCUCUGCCUGUCAGCCAGUGCGCUGAGGAUUAUACCCGCAAGCUGAAGGAGGCCUUCCCGGAUGACGACUUCCCUGUGUUUGACUUGUUGCUGCUGGGUAUGGGGCCGGACGGACACACUUGUUCUCUCUUCCCAGACCACCCUCUCUUGGAGGAAACCAAGAAGAUUGUGGCCCCCAUCAGCGACUCUCCCAAACCACCACCGCAGCGCGUAACUAUGACUUUCCCAGUGGUGAACGCUGCCCGCUGUGUGGCUUUUGUGUCAACUGGGGGAAGCAAAGCGCCAAUUUUGAAGGAAGUGCUGGAGGGUAGAGAGGGUCCGGCGUUCCCAGCAGCCCGCGUCGUCCCAGCCAACGGCGAGCUGUUCUGGCUUGUUGACGACCCUGCAGCUGCCUCCCUGACCAUCCAGGUAGAGAGGCUGGGCUCAGGGGCCAAACUGUAGAGACUUUACGACGAAGGAUGAAGUGGAGGCUUGUAGUGCAAAUAAACUGAGAGUGAACUUGAGUGUGACAACUUUUAAAAAUUUGAGAUAACAUAUCUGAUGUGCUUUUAAUCACAUCCUAUAUAAGUAGGCGGAGCAUUUCUCCACGUCAUAGGACAUUUUGGGAGUUGGGGGCAUUUUCGUCACUGUGAAUUCGUCCUCUCACCAAGAGGGUCACUCACUGGUUUGAUCCCAGUCUCCUCUAUUCUGCAGGCUGAGUUGCAGAGUUUGUCCCUCGUCCUCAUAGAGAAAGUGCACAUAGAUGCAGUGUGUGGUUGUGGGUGAAUGGCAAACACAUACUGUAAAGUUGUAUAUAAAUGAUGUAUAAAUGUGUGCAUUUGCCUUUUUAUAACAUUUAUUUUCGCAAAAAAACAGUCCAUUAACCUGACAAAGGGACUCUAUUGGGAAACUGUAAAGAAACAGUUUGUUCUUCUCAUCAGCUCAGAGUUGAAUUCACAACACUUAAAACAAAUGGUUAAAAAAAUCUCAUUUAAAACGUCGGUGCAUCAUAAAACCACUUGCAACUUGUAUCUGUAUUCGCAGUCAAAUCCAAAUAAUAAAGUGUCAAACGUU